AUGGUAAAACUUCCAGCCGGAUGCUUCUUGUAUCGCGCCUGGGAGUCCCUGGUGAUCGGUAUGAUUGGUGCGGCUAUAGCGUCUGUCAGCUCCAUACUCUUCGAUAAAAUAAGAAUCGACGACCCGGUCGGUGCUUCCGCUGUGCAUGGCGCCUGCGGCUUUUGGGGGGUCAUAGCGGUUGGACUCUUCGCGGAUAACCCAAUACCUUUGGAGACGACAAACGGGAGAUCCGGCUUAUUCAAAGGCGGCGGCUGGUACCUACUUGGGGUGCAGACGCUUACGGGUGUCUGCCUAAUGGCGUGGGGCGUUUUCGUCACUAUGUUGCUGCUAUGGCUGAUCGACCGCGUGCUGCCCAUCCGCAUGGACCCCUACGAGGAGCUCCUCGGCGCGGACCUCACCGAGCACAGAAUCCGCCACGGGCAGGUGGGAGUUUCUCGUGCGGUGUCAGCGCUUCGUCCGUUUCAUCGUACCAAGAGCAUAGAGGAAGUAGGCGGCAUUGGAAUGAAUACUGGCCACAAUCUCAUUGUGGAUAAGUUACAAGAGGCGAAGAGAAGAAAGGAGGCCAGUCCGAGCGGAACACUCCAAGCGUUCUCCAACCAGGCUUUCGUCGAGGAGGGGUCCGAGAAGACCUUCAGGAACGACGGCCUCCUGAACAAACGGGCCGGCAACCCCCAGAACGAGCUCCACCGCGCCCUCACAUCGAUGGCGCGCGAAAUAAACGGCGCGAAACAGAAACGCGGAACCGGAAGAUGGCCGCGGAGAAACGAAACGAGUGGCGUCGCUCGCCUAACGCCGGAAACGAUAAAAGGGAGGAGGUUUAAGGAGUUAUCGGCCGCAGAGCUGCAGGAAUUGGGCGAAAUGAACGCCAGCCAGGAUCGCUUCAGGUAUCGCUACACGGAAGACGAUUAUGCGGACGACGUUAGGAGAAGCGACACGCCCAGCGUUAAUAUGCGGUGGAUCGAU